UGGCUGAGGGUGAAUUAUCUCGCUGUGUAAACAAUCUCUGGUGGAGCUGUGAACGCGGUAGCUCAUGGGUUCAACAUCACGACGUUGUUCUCCUGUUUACAGCUAAUUACACGCAGAGAUCUGAGGUGAAACCAGCGCUGCGCUCCUGUGGAUGUAUGUGACCAUGAACGCGUCACGGCACCGAGUCGUACGUCCUGUUUCCAGCCGCUGUUCUUUACGCAGCGCUCCUCUUCGCUGAUUUCCGCACGUUAGCAUCACUUGUAGCCACCGUCCAGCAGGAUGUGCAGAGAGGGCGACGAGGCGCAGGACGACUGCGGCUCCCGGGAGGAGUGGACGCUGCUGUUCUGGACCUCUCUGGCCGUCAUCGUCCCGGUUAUCAUCACGCUGUGGUGCAGCGCGCAGCGCUCCAAGCGGAAAACGCACAUGAAGGACUUCUUUCGUAAGAGCAAGCAUGGCUGGCACUACACUGACCUGUUCAACAAACCCACCUACUGCUGCGUCUGUUCCCAGCACAUCCUGCAAGGCGCUUUCUGCGACUGCUGCGGUGUGUGCGCCGACGAGCUGUGCCUGCGCCGGGCCGACCGGAGCCUGUCCUGCAAGGAGAUCGUGGCUCCAUCCGGCCGUGAUGGGGCCAUGGAGCACCGCUGGGUCCGCGGAAAUGUGCCUCUGGCCAGUUACUGUGCCGUGUGUAAGCAGCAGUGUGGGACUCAGCCGAAGCUCUGCGACUUCAGAUGUGUGUGGUGUCAGACCACAGUGCAUGACGACUGCAUGGACAGCCUGGCCGAUGCAGACGUUUGUGACCUUGGUGAGUUUCACAGCCUCAUCAUCCCUCCGCAUUACCUCUACCGGGUCAACAAGCUCCGCCGGCGUCACCCCGACGAAUACAGCAAGCUGGGGUCUUCCUGCGGCAGUGGAUGGACUCCAGUACUGGUCUUGGCUAACACGCGUAGUGGUAACAACAUGGGGGAGGCUCUGCUGGGGGAAUUUCGUACCCUCCUCAACCCUGUGCAGGUGUUUGACCUAUCUGAGCUGACUCCCUCCAAAGCCCUCCAGCUGUGCACCUUGCUGCCCCCUGGCAGUGUUCGGGUGCUGGUGUGUGGAGGAGACGGCACGGUGGGCUGGGUGCUGGAUGCCAUCGACACUAUGAAGCUAAAGGGCCAAGAUCAGUUCAUCCCGAGGGUGACCAUCCUGCCUCUGGGGACAGGAAAUGACCUCUCUAAUACUUUAGGUUGGGGAGCUGGGUAUGCUGGUGAGAUCCCCGUGGAGCAGGUUCUCCGGAACGUCCUCGAUGCUGAAGUGGUUAAAAUGGACAGGUGGAAAGUGCAGGUAGCUUCAAAAGGCCUCUACUUCCGUAAACCAAAGGUUCUGUCCAUGAACAACUAUUUCUCUGUGGGUCCCGACGCUCUGAUGGCGCUUAACUUCCACACUCACCGCGAGAAAACGCCCUCCUUCUUCUCCAGCCGCAUCAUCAACAAGGCAGUUUAUUUCCUGUAUGGCACCAAAGAUUGUUUAGUGCAGGAAUGUAAAGAUCUGGAUAAGAGGAUCGAGCUGGAGCUGGAUGGAGAGAGGGUGGUGCUGCCCAGUCUGGAGGGCAUCAUCGUCUGCAACAUUGGAUACUGGGGGGGAGGUUGCAGACUCUGGGAGGGGAUGGGAGACGAACCGUGUCCCCCGACACGGCUGGAUGAUGGGCUGCUGGAGGUGGUGGGAGUGUUUGGUUCCUUCCACUGUGCUCAGAUCCAGGUGAAGCUGGCCAACCCGGUCCGGCUCGGUCAGGCCCACACUGUCAGGCUGGUUCUGAAGAGUUCCAAGAUGCCCAUGCAGGUGGACGGGGAGCCAUGGGCCCAGGGUCCCUGCACCAUCACCAUCACCCACAAGACCCAAGCCCUCAUGCUGUACCACAGCGCCGAGCAGACGGAUGACGAUGAUGAUGAAUCCAGCGCCUCUGAGACAGAGAGCCCGACCCCUCAUGACUCACCCAGACCCCCGGGGCCGGCCUCGGCUCGCGCAUGACCCACCCCGAACAUCAUGUGAUCUGAAGCCUUUCUUAUCCUUUUGCUUUUUUCAGCCCAGUUCUCCUUAAUCCCUUGUGUGCAUUAGUUGUCCUCAUCCAGUCAUGCUGAUGUGCACAGAUGAGUUAGAAAGAUUAGUUUGGAACUGAGCUGGUGUGUGUUGUUUUUGAUCUUUUAUCUUGUAACCAGAGCUCAGGCAGUUUCCCCUCCGUGGGCGGGGCAGUCAGGAGGUGAAUGUUAUGGUGAAUGAUUGCUGUUUAUUUGCACUGAAGUCAUGUGCCAUAGAUAGUCUAUAGUGUAUUUACUCUACUGUAUUUACAACUGAACGCUCAGUGCAGCCCUGCAGGUAUCAGUGAGCCAUUUUAACAGGUUGCCCAGGUUCAAUUGAUCUAUUAAAGCCAUGUUUAAAAUCAGCAGCAGGUUGAAGAAGUUGAAAGACAGAAAUGUACUGUCACAUGGUGGUUGUGGAGCUCUGAUGAAUGAUUUAUUUCUUCAAAAUUGAUCCACACAAAGCACAAACAAUCAGAGACACGUUUUCUGAGAAGAGAUAAGAUGAUAAAAAGAGUCCUCUUUCCGGCUCCUCAUCACAUCGUUGAUAGUUUUUAUUCUCCUGCUUUUGUGGCUAAACUUAGUUAUGUGUGUGUAGGCUGAGGUCUGAUAUGUGUCGUCAAUCACUGGACAUCGAUUAGUUUACUUCAUGAGUCUCAAGUAGCUUGACCACACUCUUAAAACUGUAUGUGAUGCUCCUGCAGGAAACAGGCUGAUUUGUUAGGAAAGUGCUGCCAAAUAGCUGUCGUUCAGAGGAUUCAUUUUGCUAACAUGAAAAGCCUUUUGUUUUCCUCGUCUUUACACAGUUCCUCCCGUUUACAUAUUUUGUGUUGCACUGUUUUGGCACUUACACUGAUGAAAACCUUACACUGCCUAGGCCAUAGCUUACAUACAGACAUAAGCAAAGGUUUACACACACUUGUAAAGAGCAUGUGUAUCAAGGCAGUCUUGAGUUUCCACUGACUCCUAAAACUGAAUUUUCUAUAAUGCAAUCAGUGAAACACAUCUAUAUGAUCUUUGCAAAUGUAUGGAAACUUUUGUUUACAAGUGUACAUGGAACUGUAUUGUUGAUUUUUAAUGUUACUGCCCAUAGUUAGAACUGCUGAUGAGAUUAUGCUGUCCCAUGUUGUUAUUUCACGUUAUUCGAGCAGUCCUCUUGCCUCAUUGUUUGUGUUUUACCCAGAAGUCACCACAAGGUGGAGAAGUAAAAACAGUAUUUUUGUAGACAGGAAAAGUAGAGUUGGUCUCAAACCUCUAUAUUUCUGUAAUUAUACAUCACUUGCAUGUCUGUGUAGUGUUCAGGAGGCUUUGGUCUACCUGUGGAGUUUCACUGACUGCCUCUUUGCUGCAUAAUGUCUGCAAGAGGACUUUUGUGUUUCUGUGUGUCAGAUAGCCAGAAAAAAAAAAAAAGAUUUUGCUGUUUGGAGGUGGUCCUGUGUGUUGCAGAAUGUCUGUUUGUUGCUCAGAGCCAUACCCUAAAAGUCUUUAGAAUGUUAGUUUGUGCUUUGGAGCUGAUUUGCAGCUCAUAAGGCUGAACAGGAAUCAGUUUUUAGCCGCAUGAUGCCUACGCUUUUGAAAUAUGCACCUCCUUGGCAGGUAACCAAACCUUGUGGUUUCACCACCCUCUUUUUGUUUGGUGAAUGUCUUGUUGCUCAAGGACACCUGUUGGAUCAUUUACCCGACUGUCCAUGUUUACCAGAGUUGUUUGUGUGCUGUGUUGCACUGAAUUUGUUUAAAUAUAAGUAGAGCUUAGCCGAUAUUGGAUUUUCAAAUACUGAUAUUGGUAAUAUGUAUUAUAUUUAGAGCUUGGCUGACAUUAUUGAUUUACAUUGGCCUGUCACAGACAUAUUGAUAUCACUGUUGUCGAGAAAUGCCUUCUUUUGCAAGACAUAAUACAGCCUGACUCCAUUGUUUGCAAUACUCUCCUCAGCACUGUGUGCAGCACAUGCAGCAGAGCACAUAUUACGGCUGAGUAGAUGAUGGUGCCGAGUCAAGAGAUGUCUUCAUGGCAAGUUGCUGAUUGCUUUGUGAAAUACAUCACUGGAAAUGUAUUAAACAAUGACCUCAUUAUUUUUCCUUUUCAGUAUAUAUCUAACAUAAAUAUAAACAAUAUCUGCAGUAUAUCAUGAUUGGAAUUUGAUAUUGGACCCAAAAAUCCAGUAUUGUUUAGGUUCUAGUUAUAUUGUUCCAGUUAUAUUUAAAAGGGAAAAUGAUGGAGUCAUUGUUUAUUAACUUUCCAGUAAUGUAUUUGACAAAAUAGUUAGCAACUUACUAUGAAGACAUACACUACACUACAAGUCAGACGUCUGGACAUACCUUCUCAUUUAAUUGUUUUUCAUGACUUUACAUUGCAGAUUUUCAACUGAAAGUAUCAAAAGUCUGAAUGAAAACAUACGGUAAUAUGUAGGAAACAAAAAAAUGUGAAAUAAACCCUAAAGCAUGUAUUAUAUUUUAGAUUCUUCAAAAUAGCCACCCUUUGCUUUGAUUACUGCUUUGAACAUUCUUGGCAUUCUCUGGAUAGUUUCAUGUGGUAGUCACCUGAAAUGAUGUUCACUUCACAGGUGUGCCUUGUCAAGGUUAAUUUGCACCACUAUCUGCUCAGCUUUAAAACAUACUUUACUACUUGUGCUGCGGACAGUGCUGUAAUCAGUGGAGUGUGAACCACUCUCAGGAGCUUUUUCUGUAUUAUGUUCUCUAAAAGAAAGUUUUCAUAUUGAACAACACAUACACCAAUACCUAUAUAUCUGUGACAGGCUGUUUUCAGCCAGCUGAUACAUCGAUGGGGCUCUCCUUUUAGCCACACUAGCAGUAUGGUUUUAGUUCACGUCAAAUACCAGAACUGUCUCUAUAGAUUGAAUCUUGUUUUCUUUGCAACCGUCAAACUUAAAGUCCGUCUUCGGUCAUUGGUUAAAUCCCCCCCCAAAAAAUUCAACUCCAUGUAUCAAAGUUACACAUUUAGAAUUUUUUUCCCUCAAAAAUGACCCCUCCCUGCCUUAAACUGGCCUAGAUGUGACAUUUUUAAUCACAUUUUGAAGCAUGAUGGAAUGGAAACUGCAGAAUUUGGAAAAGCAUCCAAAAUUUUGUAAAAAAGUUUCAACACUUGCAUCAGUUGGUUUUUGACUUUGUUGAUAAAGCGCCAGUCCACUUCAUGUGAGAUGGAAGCACCUUUUCUGAUGAAGUUCUUAAGAUGUGAACCCUUAAUUCACAUGCCUGAUUAUCUGUUUCCGUUGUUUCUUCAUCUAGAGCAGCAUGAAACAUCAUGACCAGUACCAGCUGACAUAAAAGAAUAUUUACAAUUUGCAUGAAUGAAAACAAUACCUGAAGACUUCUCUGCAAUUUUGUCUCAUAGAUGGACUGUCAUGUUUGUUGGUUCUUCUUCGAGGUCUUUUGGGAAACAAGUGUUCUAAUUUCUGCCCUCUUCUUGUCUGUGUAGUACAGCUAUACAAAACAUCGUUAAUACCGCCAACUAUACACAACUUAGUUUAUUCACUCCAAAGCAGUUUAUGGAAAAAUGCCCAAUUCACACUCUUUUGUUUGUAAGUUUUUGGUGAACCAACACUGAGGAAGAAUAAUGAUGCAGAAAGUCAAAUUUUGCCAGCUGGCAGGAUUUAUUCUUUUAAGUUUGCUACGUAUAAAACUAUGAAAAUCUGAAUCUGUUAUUGGGACUGUAAAUUUAAAGGUGGAAAUGCUCAGCCAUGGUGUUGACUGCUUAUAUGCUCAUGAUAUGUGUUGUAGCGAAUAAAAAACACCAUUUUGACAUGCUAACAAGCUAAAAAAAAUGCAUUUUGAUUGGAGGGAAUCUCUAAAUUUAAAAGGUGACACUGCAAAACUUCUGCCCCAAUUUGUCUCAGCUGCAGUUGCAGUCGAAACUAAUGCUAGCUAGCAUGCUAACAUGCUAAAUAUUAGCUUGGCACCCCCUAAAAGAUUCAUGCUGAUCCAGGAAAAACACACCCUUAAGAAGCACAGACAUAACCAUGCCGCUGGUUAUGUGGACACAUAUGGACGUUUUUAGUCAAAGUAUUCACAACACCAACUUUAUAAGGAAAUAAUAAGCCCCAUAUGUGGGAUGUAAAUUUAUUUACGUAACAAAAUGGUGUUUUCUUUGUUCCACUAGUGGUGAGAAUUAAACACUACGGUGCUUUCUCCAGUUUUAAACCAUCUUAGAUAACAACCACCUCACUGUGAUGCUUGUUUUAUUGUGAAGGGUCGAGGGAUGGUUUUGACGUUGGUUUUGUUUAAUGCUCUCAAUUUAUAGCUGACAGUUUAUGAUUUGUGAGAACUUAGCAUACUUAGCAUUAGUGUUUAUAUUCAAACAGCCAAACUGAGUGAAACUGUGUCAUACUGUGUAGCUAUCUAUAGCUAACAUUAAAUUAUUAUUAGCAGUUAAUUCUCACAAUUUAUCAUGUUAAAUGUACCAAAAUGCUUUCAUUAUUGAUUAAUGUGCAUUUGAAUAUGCUUAUUUCUUUGCUGCUGAGUAUGUGUAAGAAUAACAAAAAGCCGAAAGCCAAUAAGAAUCCGCAGAAAACAUAAAUAAUCUGUUUCAUUAUGAUGACCAUGCGAUCCUAUUGAGAAACCUUAUGUAGAGCAGGAAUGAACAUACAAAGAGAAAAAAUAUGCUUUUAUUGCUAACAAUCAUUUAAAACAGAGCUGUUUACAAAGUAAAAGAGGGUUUGGUGAAUUACUUGUACUACAGGUGACAAAAAUCGAUUUUGAUUGACAUGAAUGUAAUGAAGGGAACUUUUGAAUUUGAAGACAUUCCCAUAAAUAUUUUCAUAUAUAA